AUGGUCGUAGUACCAGCAGAAUAUCGAUGGACAAACAAAGUAACACAUUUCACUGAUCAACAACAAUAUUCAAAACAUGUAACUCAAGCACCAUCCGUUUCAUCAUCAUACUGUGAACCCACAUGGAAUAGUUAUGCGAAAUGGAUACUAGUAUGUCAUGAAAAAUGUCGCACGACUUGGUAUAUUUAUCUUGGACUCUUGUUAACAGCCAUGUUCUCGUCGACUUUGGCAAUGAGUACUUAUGCAUUGGUUCGUGUACAGAAAUUGAGAACUAUAGCGUCGAAACAAGUGCCGCUAUUUUGUGAUGGUUCUCAAGUAUCUCGAUCAACGUAUAAUGCAUUAUUUCUUGCUAUUGGUAUCACCUACGGAGUGGACGAUGUCUUUACGACUAACGACAUUUCGCUGGUCUUUGGUGGCAAUGCAUCUCACACUUUAACUGUAGCUGAAAUGCCCACUCAUAGUUAUGACCAAGGAUCACUCGUAACUGGCACGGUUCCAGCACAUACUUAUGGUGUUAAUGAUCUAGGACAUAAUCACGGCGGAUCGACAAGCUCUAGUUCAACAUCCUACCUUUGUUAUUAUGGCUCUGCAGGAGGAGCUUAUGGUUCAUAUACUGGUGCUUCUGGUUAUUUUCAGAUUUCAUCUCAUACGCACACGAUAAACACUGAUAUGACAGACAUCUCCUUCCAAACAAGUGAAAGCCAUUCUCAUACGAUAAAUGGAACAACAGACUCAGAAGAAUUAGGUCAACCAUUUAACACAAUGCCACCUUAUCAUACAGUUCACUAUAUUAUUCGAGUACAUAUAUAA